AUGGAAGUGGGAAACGUCACGGAUGCUUAUAUGACCGAAGAUGAAGGUAUGAGAGAUGAAGGAUCCGCUUCGCCGUCCAAGAACGCACCCGUUCCAUCACCUAGGGACGGAUCCCCAAGAAAGUCACCCUUACAGGAAGACACAGCUAAAACAGCUUUCAACCUCGGAAGUUCUAGUGAAAACGGCUCUGCAUCACCGCCAAAAGCGAAAAUGCGCAAAGUUAUAGUACCUAAAGAAUCCAAGGAAAGGAAAUCAGCUGAACCGCCAGUGAAGGAAGAACCAAAAGAAGAAGUCACUGAAGUUACCAUAGGUGACGUCGGUGACGUCAAUGAAGCUGAACCUACCGUAUCCGUGACGUUCACACAACCGAAUACGGUAAAAAUGGCUGUGGAGACCAAUGGAGACGGUGAUCACAGUGAAGAUGUUUCGGCUGCUGAACUUCCUCCGUCGGGACCACUUCCAUCCCCAGAUGGGAAAGAAGAGAUGGAAAAGGUCUAUACGAAUCUUGACGCCAUCGAGGAAGCUAUCGCAUCGGAUGAACAGUAUCCUAUGGAAGGAAUUGACAGUAUGGAAGAGCGUUACAAGAGUUAUACCAAACUGAACUUGUUUUUCAGAGGAGGGAGAUAG